AUGUCAAGGGGUUGCACGACAUAUGCUUGGCACCGACCCUCACCGAGCCCGAGAACCGCAGACUCUGAGACGACCCUGCUUCAACCUAAGCGACCCAUCGCCCGGCCCGUGCCUUCGCUAGCAGAGAGAAGAACCACACCCAGGUCGAUCCACACCGACCCGACCACCCAACCAACCAACCACCCAUUUCCAUUUCCUCAUGCAGGCAAAAAGCAGCCAGUCCUGUCGCCGACAAAGAGAGGAGGAGGGCCCUCCAACAAGAGAGGGAAAAAGAAAAUGAUGCUCGAGUCCGAGGAUGAGCAGGACAAAUCUCCCAUAAGGGACGAAGUCGCGACGCCUCCGCCGCCUCACCUCUCGUCGCCCUCCAUUCCCUCUCCCUUCAAUAUCGGUAUCCUUGGGCUCACACCGCUCACUCCCCUCGGCCGCCAUGUCGCCUCCUCGCUGGCUAGGAGCCCCGAGAAGCUGCCGGAUGUGUGUGACGGAAGCGGCUUUCACGGUGCCGGAAGUAUCAUCAACGGUGCAUGCAGCAGCAGUUGCCGGAACAGCAAGAGCAGCAAAUGCAGCAAAAGCAGCAGCGCGGGCGGCAGUAGUCUCGGCGACGAUGAUGAGCUCUCCCGCGGUUCCAGGGAGGCCCUGGCCCAACGACUCACUGAACUCGCUCGACGACUCAUCCAGCGAGAUGAUGACGACGGGACUACGGGCCCAGACCAGGUGUCGCUCAACUUUCUCCAUGCCAACGCGGAUGAAAUGGACCGCGUCGUGUCAGGAUCCGUGCCAAGACCGAGACCGCGCAUGAGUGAAAAUGGCGCUGGCGCUGGUGGUGUCGGUGUCGGGCGAGGUAUGGCCGACCGCGAUGCCUGGGGCUCGCCGUCGUCCUCAUGGAUGCGUUCACGUUACUCGGACCUCUCCGCGUCGACUAGGCGUGACUCGCCUCCAGAACCUGAAGUCGCAGUAAAGAAACCGGCCGUGGAUUCAUUUAAGAUUGCUUCCGAAGCCGAGAAACUCAACGGCGAACUCGAGAAACUCAUCACCAACCUGAAAGCCAGGCAAGAAGAAUCCGAACACAUCCAUGAACUCCUCGUGACCCGUGCAGAGCGCGCCGCCCAGCGCAUCCUGUUCCUCCAAUCGCGCGUGCAGGACCUUGAGUCGGAACUGCAAGAGUCAGACGCCGACCUCUCCCACCUCCGCCUGGGCCUCAAGGCGAUUGAGGUGCAACUGCCGCGAGAUGCCGUUCUCGCCGACGCCGAGCUGGCCCGGAGUAUCGCCAACUGGAAGCAAGACUACGCCGAGCUUCAAAAGAGGCGCGCCUCUCGCCGCAGCGCCAGGCUUUUGAGCCUCGAGAGCCCGGGUUCCGUGUCCGUCUCCGCCUAUGUCUCCGAGUCGGCACUUUCGCCUUACGACCGUGACGACACUACCACCACGACUGCAGGCUCUCGCCCAGAGACCCACGGGCUUGCACCCACAGCUUCGGAGUUCAUGACGACGCCUCGUAGAAGCUUAGCGGCGGCCUUUGAGAGCCCCGACGUCGCCGAAUCCGCAUGGUCAGCCCCACCUCUUCGCGCCGACCGCGCUGAAGGAGCCAAAGGAGUCCGGAGCGCAGCGCCGCCCAAAAGGAAAAAGAACUUGCUGUCGCACGAGGCGAGACUCCGACGACCCGAAACGCCGAGAGCCAACACCACUGAUGCCACCUCUACCAACCCGACCGUCACACCUUCCACCUACGCAGGAGACACGGACACGGAUGCGAGCUUCACAGACUGCGGCGGGGACGAGCUUCGACGUUCCGUCAGCAGGAUCUCCCUCUCAUCGUCGACGACGACCGCGGCAUCUUCUGCCAGGGCGCUCCGCAGUAUCACCAACUUCCACGGCGCCACCACCCCGAAACAACGAACCCUCGGCUCCCCGCAGCUCGUCAUCCGCCGAGCGUACAGCGAACUCCCCCCAUCACGAAACCCGCGACGCCACGUUGAUGAAGAUCAUGACUAUCAUGACUACCACGACUAUGAACGACGACUGUAUCGAUGA